GCAACUCUUUGUCUGUCCUCCCAACCACUUUAUCACUUGCUUCGCCGUCACAGCUGGAAACUACAGCAGAGACCCCGAAAGCGUGCAAGAGAUACACCCAUCCACCGAAAACCGCUCUCGCCAACAGACGCCAGCAUGGACUCGCACCAGGCUGAGGCGUCAUCAUCAACGGCUCCCCCACCGACAGUCCAUCAGGCGGCUUUCGUCUUUGACUCGGGACUUUCGCGCGAGAGGUACACUGAGCUCAUCGAGACCAAUGGAGUCGUGCACAAGCUUGUCCAGCGGUUGAUGGAGAAGAGUGGCGGCGAGGCUUCGCUCCGUAUCGGUCUCAUUGUCACCCCGCACGAUGCCCAGUACUCGAACCCUCGAGCACUUCACUCGACUAUCCCCACGUUCUACCAGGACUUUCGCCGGCCGUCGGCAUUUCUGACAUCUCUGCCUUCUUUGAUCCACCGGUUCAGCCCACGCGCGGCCUUGGUUCGGCCCAAACCCGGAUCUCUCUUCUCAGACAUUUGGGACAUUGAAGAUGGCUCCGGCAUGUCGGUUACAUCCAACGAGCCAGGACCAAGUGACCACUUCCUCAGCGGACUGGUUGGCGGCUUGCAGUUGUUGGAGCUGUCCACUUCGAACGGCGCCGUGGCACCGCCCAGCGCGCUCAAGCAAAUGUCGCCUGAUUCCGCUCUCCCAAUGCUCUCGAUGAUGUACCAGCACCCUGCCAACGAGUCGCGCCGCAAGUAUCUGCUCGUGUUCACGGAAAAGGCGUCGCUCGCGGCAAUCGACGGUGACUCGCGCGGGUCGCGUCCAUGGGCCCGAGCAGACGCGCGCGCCGACUAUGACGAUGUGGACUGGGAUACGAUCGGUGACCGCUGCAAAGAAAAGGACGUCUUGUGCUCCUGCCUCAUCCUAGGCUCUCCCGAGACGGGCAAGCAUGCGUUGGGGAAGGAUGGAUCGGCGAGCGCCGAGAAGCUACGGAAGAUGUGCCAGGUGACAACCCCGGACCCUCCAGAAGACCCUUGGUUCACCUUGCCACAAGAGACAGAGACAUUCUUGACCGGCUUUGUUAUCAGAGUGCCACCCCCAGUCAACAACUCGCCGGCCAUCCAGGCCACCACAACAGCAGCGGAUGCUCUCAAGGUGCCAGCUGCUGCUCCAGGGGCUACCGAGACAAGUGGAAUGUCGGAAGCGCAGGCCAAGUACCAGAUGGCUCAGAAACAGGCCAUGUCGCUCAAGAUGGCUCAGGCGGCCCAGGCAGCGAGAGGCGGCGAGGGCGCCCAGGGUGGCUUCAAUGUCCUUGCCAGCUUGCUGUCGAGUGGGCGCCUCGACCCAAACAUCAUGGCCCAGCUGGUCGCCAAUGCCCGAAGCGAGGACCCAACAUUGCGAAACAAGGCCAUGUCGCAGCUGAGCACCCUCAUGUCGCUUCAGGCCAAGCAGGGCAAUGCGAAUGCUGCUGCAGGGAACGCUGGAGUCAAUGCCAAUCCUGGCCAGAAUGCCUCCAACCUUCUUCAGCAGCAGCGAGUGCUUGCAGCCAUGCAGGCACGGCAGCAGCAGCAGAAUGCCCAAAACGCCGCAGCUCAGAACAACAAUGCGGCGGCCAACGCUCAGCAGCAGCAACAGCCCACGCUGCAGGCACCAGCGCCAAUUGUGAACCAGGCUCAGAAUCAGCCUCAGCAGACUGCUCCGACCUCGGCCCCUUCAGCCUCCCCGUCCCUCACCCAGCAGCAACAGCUUCUUCUGCAGCAGCAGCGCCAAACACAGCUGGCGGCGCAGGCCAACCUGGGCAUCGCGCCUCCGAUGAACGCUGGUCAGCCGAAUGCUGCUGCUGGCCGAGCCAACACGCAGCGAGUCUGGACUGGGACCAUCAGCUGGACGAUGAAGGCGGCCGACAAUUCGCCCCAGAAAUGGGUCAUCCCCGUCGACUGUACGCUGUUGUCUGCUCAACUUAACGCUAGCGAGCUACAGACCAACCUGUGGCCCGAGAACCUCGAGAUGACGGGCAUGAGCCAGAUGAACAUGUCUGAGCUUCAGACCUAUGUCAAGACGCACCAAGCCCCGUGCGUCUUGUUCACUGUGUCGCAGAACCAGAACGACGCGUCGGCUCGCAGCAAGAUGGGCUACUUGACGCAGACACUUGGGUCGAAGAGUCUGUGUGCGCUCAUUCGCUUUGGGAACCAGCCAGGCAAGGGGAUCCUUUUGAUCUCGUCUAGCCCGAGCGGUGCCGCCGACAAGGUGUACCGGCUGUUGGGUGUGGUCUGCAUGAAGACGCCAUUCAUCCCGUCGAGCAUGUUGAACUCGGCCCAGGCUGCGGUUCCCCAACCUGCGGUACCCACGCCCACGAACCAGACGACGCCACAGCAGCAGAACAUUCGCCCGAGCAUUCAGCAGAUGUCCAUUAACGGGCAGGCGAGCCAGUUCCAGAACACCUUGACCAACAUCUCGCCGUCGUUCCUGCAGCAAGCGCAUCUGCUCCAGCAACAGCAGCAGCAAUCGUCUGCGGCGAAUCUGCAAAACGCCCAGGCGCAGGCCCUCGCUCAGCAGCGUGCGGCGUCGCAACCGCAGCCAAUGGCCAACACGCAGAACAAUGUGACGCAACAGCGUCUUGCGUCGCAGCCAUCCACGUUACAGCAGUUUGCCAAUGCCAACCAGUCGAACGCGCAGACGAUCCAGCAGCUGCAGCUGAGGCAGUUACAGGCUCAAGCCCAGGCGGGUCUGAGCCAGGCCAACAGCCAGAACGCGACGCCGACGCCGCAGGCACCCAACCAGCCGCAGCCGAACGCCGGCGGCCAGGCGGGCUUUGGAUACACCGACUCUCAAAAGGCUGGCAUCCGGCGUCUGCUUGCCGAGGCUGGCGUGCAGUUGCCGCCUAACUUUGACGUGUCGACUCUGCCGCGCGACCAGCUUGCGGCGCUGGUGGCUCGGGCCAAGCAGAAUGCGGCGAACAACCAGGCGGCGGUGCUGGCUGCGAUGAACAACAACAAUAAUGUCAACCAGCAGCAGCAGCAACAGCAGCAGCAACAACAACAGCAGCAGCAACAACAGCAGCAACAGCAGCAACAGCAACAGCAGCAGCAGCAGCCCACGACCAACACCACGGCGUCGAUCAUGGGCGGGUUCAGCAACUUUAUGAGCGCAAUGCAGGCGCAACAGGCCCAGCAGGGCCAGCAAGGCCAGCUGAACCAGCAAGCGGGACAGCAGAACCCACUGCAGGGGCUGCAGCUUGGGCAGUUUUCCGGGCUCAACAACUUCAACCAGCAGGGGGGUAAUGUGAACGGACAGCUGGGGCUGUUUGCAGCGGCGCAGGCGCAGGGAGUGAAUGCGGCGGCGUUCCAGAACAAUAUGUUUGGGCAGCAGCAGUAG